GUACGGAGGGGAGGGGGGAGCCUGGAAACCGCCCCGUGUCCCAUUUCCUCCUCUUGUUUUCGCUCCGGAUUCUCCAUGUUGGACCCAAACUGAGGAGCCCGGAGCUGCCGCCGGGGGAUCGGGGCCAGGGGCACCCGGGGAAGCUGCUGCCCGGGCCGCCCGCUCUCCGUACAGGCCGCCUCCCUUCCUGGCCCAGGGAGGGAACAAGAGCAGGGAUGUGAACAGCUGUGGGAGUCCGAGUCUCGCGAGCAGGAGCCGGAGCGGGCCCCCGCCCAGGCCCCCCAGCCCAGCCCAGCCUGCGCGCCCGCCCGUCCUCCCGCCCAGCCAGCCCGGGCCCGCGGGAUUGUUAGAUGGAACACGGCUCCAUCAUCACCCAGGCGCGGAGGGAAGACGCCUUGGUGCUUACCAAGCAAGGCCUGGUCUCCAAGACCUCUCCUAAAAAGCCUCGUGGACGUAACAUCUUCAAGGCCUUUUUCUGCUGUUUUCGCACCCAGCAUGUUGGCCAGUCAAGCUCCUCCACUGAGCUCUCCGCGUACAAGGAGGAAGCCAACACCAUUGCUAAGUCUGAUCUGCUCCAGUGUCUCCAGUACCAGUUUUAUCAGAUCCCGGGGACCUGCCUGCUCCCAGAGGUGACAGAGGAAGAUCAAGGAAGGAUCUGUGUGGUCAUUGACCUGGAUGAAACCCUUGUGCAUAGCUCUUUUAAGCCAAUCAACAACGCUGACUUCAUAGUGCCUGUAGAGAUUGAGGGGACCACUCACCAGGUGUAUGUGCUUAAGAGGCCUUAUGUGGAUGAGUUCCUGAGACGGAUGGGGGAACUCUUUGAAUGUGUUCUCUUCACUGCCAGCCUGGCCAAGUAUGCCGACCCUGUGACAGAUCUGCUGGAUAGGUGUGGGGUGUUCCGGGCCCGCCUGUUUCGCGAAUCCUGCGUAUUCCACCAGGGCUGCUAUGUCAAGGACCUGAGCCGCCUGGGAAGGGACCUGAGAAAAACCCUCAUCCUGGACAACUCGCCUGCUUCUUACAUCUUCCAUCCGGAGAAUGCAGUGCCUGUGCAGUCUUGGUUUGAUGACAUGGCAGACACCGAAUUGCUGAACCUGAUCCCAAUCUUUGAGGAGCUGAGCGGAGCAGAGGAUGUCUACACCAGCCUUGGACAGCUGCGGGCCCCUUAGCCCUACCAGCUUCCAAGCAACGGUCAUCCCAGUAGGGGACUUUCCUACACUGUGCCUUUAUGAUCAGCCGGACCGACGGAGUAGAAGCUGGGGCAUCUCACCAACGGGGGCCUGGAAAUAAAAGUGAUGGAAAAGAACUUUAGGGCAGGUUAGAUGCCAAGUGGGCAAAUGUCAGACCAGUGAUACCCCAAGCUGCCUGCUCCCUGAGUUGGGUUUCCAAGAUCAGAGAGAGAGAGAUGCCUUGAACUUUCUUCAAGGAUGUAAGUGUUUCAGUUUGGGGGAAAGCCGAAAUACCAAGACUCUCCCCAAGUUACUUUAUCUCCUCUCCAGUCACCUGAGAGCCACUGCACUCUAGGGAUGAAGACUAUUCCAGGCUCCAUUGCCAAACCCAUGGCCUCUCUCAGUGUUGUCAGGCUUGUGCCAAGGAGAAAGGAAGGGUCAGAGGCUGCUUUUGGGUGCCCCUGGGCAUGUCCCUUUUUGAAAUUCCUCCAGCCAGCUGCUGCAGAUAGAGGACAGUUCUGGAAGAUGAAAGCUUGUUUCCAGAACCAGUAGCCCCAGCGGCCAUUGAGUCCUGCAGCCUGCCCCCAGCUGAGUGCCUGGCCUGGGCCUGCCUUUGUCUCUCCAGGGCUUGGGUGCUGGGCCUACCUUCCUCACUCCCUAGCCAUAAUUCUCAAACCUAUGGAGGAGGAGGUCUCCCUGUCAUGGAAGAGGGCAGAUAACUGAUUUCCGUUCUUUUUGACUCUGUUUUAAAAUUCUCUUCCUAACCAUGGAGUGUUGGGCCUGUUUUGUUUCUGACGAAGCUACAGUCCUGGGCUUAGGGUGAAUGUGUGUGGUGCUGGGGAUGAAGGGAAAAGGAAAAUCCCCAAAGCCAUGAAAUGUGUGUCCCCUUAGCUUGUAUGUAGAUCAGCAGAGCUUGGGACUGUCUGUGAGUCUGCUUUUCAGGGAUUCUCUGCUGAUGCUGGUGCAAGGACUUUGUUCCAAAGUCCGGGAAGGGCACUCCCUUUCUGCCCUUCCUAUUUCUUGGGCAGAGCUCUUUCCUAUGGUGUCUUCCCCUGGGGCCUGGCCUGUGCACAGCUCUCUGCUCCACCUUCAUCCUUUCUGGCUGUCGCUCUUUUCUCUCCAGGGCCUCAGAGGCACUCCCCCCUUUUCCUGGGCUGAGGGGGAGUGGGUGUUCUUAGCAUCACUUGGCCAUCCUACGCACAUGCCUCCUGCCUCUGGUAACAGGUAUGAUGAGCCCUUUACACAUCUGCCCUUUGCGUGUCUCUUGCUUUCAAAGUUUCUUAAUAGUGAAUGCUUUAAAAAGGAGUCACCAAAUGGAAGUUUCCCCAGGACAGAAAACAAAAGGGGAAGUGCUGCUGAAAUUGGGAGCACAAGAGGCCCCCAACAAGUGGCCCCACUUCAGCGUCACUGCCUUAAUCGUGGCCUCUCCCAGGGCUGGGUGGGGUUCUCUCCUCUCUUCACUUCCUCUGAGGCAGGAGGGAGUUCCUAGCCCCAUCUCUGUUUUCCCCAGAGGCAGGUGUUACAAAGCAUUUGUACAUUGCUUCAGGUGUGAGGACACCUCCCACUCGGGACUCAUCCCCAUUAACCUUUUCAGUUUCCACACACUGGGUCCAACCCGAUGAACUAACCUGUCUGGAGAAAGCCAGGUUGGGGAGCAGCAGCUUGGUGUUCUGAGUGGUAGCUGGCUGACUAGUCUUUCUCUAACAUUAUGGUGCCACCUCCCUGCUUGUCCAAGUUUCUAAGACCUUCUAUUUCCCUUUGGUGUUACAGAAGUGGAACGGGGUUCCCAAAGGCCGUGUGGUCAUUUCCCCCAGCCUCAUUCCCUGGCUCCCGCAGGUGGAGGGGACAGCUCUGGUGCUAGCCAGGAACAACUCCCUGCAGGGAGUGGGGGCUUCUCAUUCUAAGGCCCACCCUGAAGGUUAGUUUAGCCCUUGGGUCAAAUCCACCAUCUGGACCCAGACAAGCUUUUCUGACUAAGCAAUAAGAGGCUCUAAGCUGGUCAAGUUCCAAGGACCCUUUCUGCUCUCCUCUGGGUCUCCAUGUUCCUCCAGGUGAAGGAAGAACCUGUGCCAGCCCCUUUCCUGUCAGACUUGUCCAAGUGGAACUUGUGACCACAGCCCAGGAUGGCCUGGGUGGAGUGUCCUUGCAUCUUAGGCGUGAAGCCCCUCCUAUGCAGGCCUCACUCCCCUCAGAGCUCUGCCUGCCCACCUGUGGUUCCUCAACAGAUACGCUGUUUCUACUUCCCCAGAGAAGCAACAAGGCCAAAUAAAUCUACAGGGUCGGUCCAUGUGGACCAGAGCCACCCUCCUUUGUUCUCUGAUUGCCAGUUUCACCGUAUGUUAGGGGCAAGUGAAGCUUGCUCUUGAGAGGAAGUCAGGCCAGGCUCAGUUGUGGAGGAAGGAAAGAAUGGGAGGGAGCCAGUUCACCUCAGGAUCUGUUCUAGGGUUCUUCGCCAGCCCUUCCUAUUUGAGGCUGGUCUUUGGGGGGCAAUUGGCCACCAUGCCUGGUCAGCACCAAUUCAAGCCAUGCCAGGAAUCUGCCCACCUGUCAGGUUCAGUUCUCUAAUGUGCCUCUUCAGGGACACGGUGUGUCUCUCUGAUUGGGCUUCUAAAUCAAAAGCCUGAUGUUCGUGUCCCUCUCAUAGGGGGAGCUUUGGACACAGGACCAGUUUGGAAAGGGUCAGCUAAGAGUUUUCACUCUGCACAUUGUAGAGGGGACACUCUGUAGGCCCAUGGGUCCCUAACUAUAUAGAGAGAGGUUGAAUAAAUUUGCCUUCAGUUAAUCUGGGACCUUUUGUUUAGUUCCCUCCUGCCUCCCAAAGAUUUUGACCAUUUUGUAAAUGUAUAAACUGACCUCUUAACAGUGGCCCAAAAGCUUCUUUUCGCUAAAAAGCAUGGGAAAUCUUAACGGCAUCCAGGCCCUGGGAAAUGGAUGCCACUCCCCUAUCCCUGCCCUCUUCCUGAGGCCUCCUUCCGUAGGGCAGCCCCCUCUAAGGUUGUCAUGCGCCCCCUGCCCCAGCCAGACAAAAGUGUCUGAAGAGGGUGAGCCUAUUUUCCCCUUGACGUCUUCAGUUGGUUACUUUACCACUGUUAUAUGUCAAUCACUUUGUAAAAUGGGGUUUUAGUUCCCUCUUUUUUAACAGCAAAUAUUUUUAUUCAAGCAGGGGAGGGGAGGCAGAGAUCUGGCCUGCUACCCCAUUCCUCUAAGGCAGGGCCUGCACCUGGAGCAGACCCUCUCUCGACCCCAUGAGCUGCUUCGCUUUAAGUAUCCUGAGUUUGACACCUUCCACGUCCGUGUCUCUGCCCCCUUCAGGAAGCCAUUUGGAGGGUGGGGGUCUGCUUCCCACUGUGACUGGGCUAUGGGACUCUGACUACCUUGCUUACGGAUUCAUGGUUUGAUAAAUUUGUUGUAUUCAAAAACUUGAAAUGUGGGACGCCAUUAAGUGUCUGUUUAUAUUUUUGGAGUAUUUGUAUUACUUACAAUUAAUAAAAGCGGGUUUAAAAAACCCAUCCAGGAAUGGGUGCUGCCUCUUGA